AUGGAGACGAGAGAAUCGCCGUUGGCGUCGGCGGCGGCAAGUGGAGACAUCCAGGGGAUGGAGAGGCUGCUGGCAGCUGGGAAGGAGGUGGAUGCGGUUGACAAGGACGGGAAGACAGCCUUGCAGUCUGCUUCCUUGAUGGGAUACGACAAGUGCGUGAAGCUCCUGCUGCUGCACAAGGCCAACGUUGACCUCAAGGAUGCAGCAGGAGCGACUGCCGUCCACCUCGCAUGCAGCAGGGGCCACGUCGAAGUCUUUCACCUCCUCGUCGAGGGGAGGAGCUUGCGGGACGCGGUGGUGGCGCAGCGAGAGGACGGGAAGACAGCGUUGGAUCUCGCCGCUGAGACUUCUCAGAGCAGCAUCCUCGCUGACAUCUUCUAUGCAGCCGCCGAUCUGCAGGACGAGGAACUGACGUGCGCUCACUGGGCCGCGAGGACUGGAAGACUCGACGUGCUGAAAACCCUCCUGAGCCACGGGGGCAUGGGAGCCGCUCGAGCAGCGGACUGUGAGGGUUUGACAUGCGCGCAUAUCGCCGCGGACAGAGGAGACCUGGAGGCUCUUCGAAUGCUGCUGGACGUUGGAGGGGAUGCGAUCGUUCAUGAUGUGGAUCAGUUCAGCAGAACCCCAGCUCACCAUGCUGUAGUGCGCGAGAAAUUUGACACCCUCGAGCUGCUG